CUCUAUCAGCUUAGCUUGUUUAUGCCUUUCUAAUCAACAAGUCAAUUCAUCAUGUUCUACACCACUUAUUGUGAAGCUUAAAUUCCAACCUAAGACUGCUAUACUUAGAAGAGAACCUUGAAGCCUGCAAGAAAUGCAAAGAAAUGGAAAACCCAAAGGAGCCAGCGAAUCAGCCUGAGCCAAGGGACACUUACAAAAUUGCUUACAUAAUCCAUUUCUUGCUUGGUGCCGGCAAUUUGCUUCCAUGGAAUGCUUUCAUCACAGCUGUUGAUUACUUCGGUUAUCUCUACCCUGCCAAGCAUGUUGAAAAGGUUUUCUCUGUAGGUUAUAUGAGCUCUUCUAUGCUAGUUUUAGUUGUUAUGAUGAGUUCGGGUUGCUGCAGCCGAAAGUUGACUCAUAGAUUUAGAAUGAACAUGGGAUUUUCCAUGUUUAUUUUCUCCCUUUUGGUUGCUCCAACUAUAGACUGGGCAUGGCAUAGCAGUUGGUCGAAAGAAAAACAGAAUGCAGCCUAUUUCGUGACAGUUGCAGCAGUUGUAAUAUGUGGUUUAGCAGAUGGCUUGAUAGCAGGAAGCUUAAUAGGAUCAGCUGGAAAGCUUCCAAAACAGUACAUGCAGGCUAUUUUUUCUGGAACUGCCUCUUCAGGUGUGCUGGUUUCCAUCCUGAGAAUAAUAACAAAGGCUUCACUUCCACAAACCCCACAGGGCCUCCGAGCAAGUGCUCAUUUCUACUUUAUAGUCAGCACCACUAUCCUGCUUUGCUGCAUUCUCUGCUGCAAUUUGCUAUAUAAGUUACCAGUUAUGCAACAGCAUUACAGACUUCUUCGAGAUGACCCAUUUUGCUCCAGGCCUCAAUUUUGGACCGUGGCCAAAAAGGUCUGCUGGCCAGCUCUCGGGAUUCUCAUGAUAUACAUAGUGACCCUCUCUAUUUUCCCCGGAUUUAUAGCCGAGGAUCUUGAAUCCAAGCUUCUUCAGGACUGGUAUCCUAUUUUGCUCAUCACAAUGUAUAACGUCGCAGAUUUCAUGGGAAAGUCUCUGACUGCACUAUAUGUUCUACAGAGCAUUAAGAAAGCUACAUGGGCUGCCAUAGCUAGGCUUUUAUUCUAUCCACUUUUCACGGCUUGCCUCCAUGGACCAAAGUGGCUCAAGGGUGAAGUGCCGGUAGUGGUCCUUACAUUUAUGCUCGGAUUGACUAAUGGAUACCUAACAAGUGUGUUGAUGAUCCUAGGCCCCAAGACCGUCCCAGUUUCGGAAGCAGAACUAUCAGCAAUUGUAUUGAUCGUGUUCCUGGGAAUUGGUUUGGUCAGUGGUUCACUUCUUGGUUGGUUUUGGAUCAUUUGAGCCUCUUCCUUAGCUCCCCUUGACUCCGACUCAUGUAGCUAGUUUUCCUUGGAAAAAGAAAAGGUUAGUUCCGCUGUGUGCUGAUUUCGCAGGCCUGAAGUUAACUCUUUAUGUACUCAAAGCAAAGAUGAAAUCUGAAGCUCUCUGCAGAGUCCGUGAAAACAUCGAAAAAAAAGAGCCUCUGUAGUGUUAUUAGUGUUGGCAACAAGGGUGCUUAGCAAAAUCUAGAAAAGCUUCGGAGUUUAUCUUAUUUAGUAAUCCCACAUAUGUGUAAUUUGAUAUCUUUUGCUCACCUCUAUGCCCUACUUUAUUUCUCUAACGAAAAUCAAGAACUCUAAAGUUGGAUUAAGCACCCACCAUCUUUGAUUAAUUAAGUCAAAAA